GUAAUAUCUGUACAAAGAAGCGUUCAAAUUUUCGUGCGACUAGAAGACGUUACUUUAGUAUCAGGAAUUCGGUCGACGCGAGCCAUGGAAGUGGUGGGUAUACCGUGGAAUUUGUGGGCAUUAGGCGUCUAAAAGCCAUGCGCCAAGAUGUCACAGCUAGGGAUAUCAUGCGGAGCCAUUACCGUACAAUACAUCAGGGAUUCAUCAAGAAAAUAAGUUGAAUCUAAGCCUGUCCAUGUCAUGCACUCGGGGCCUACAGAUACCUUCAUGUUCAAGAGACAAAGUACGUCGCUACAGAACGUUGCUAGUGACUCCUAGUGCGCAUGAGUCCCACGAUGUGUCCAUCACUGCAUGAGCCGUGGUAAUCGUCUUCCGUCGCGUGAUUCUCCAUCCUGGUUUAACCUGAUCGCCGCUUUUUAAAAACCUGUCGUUCCGAUGAGGUGACGAGAUGUCGAGGGCAUAAAUCGUGAUAACUCUCAGAUUUCUGUGCGAAGCGGCUGGUUCCAAGUGCAAACAUGUGCCCACUCAGUUUUUAACGAAUGCAUUUACCCAGCACGAAGAUGGCCCAAGAUACGGACGAUAUCAACUUGACUCCUCAAGAAUUACAGAUAUUAUCCGAGUUAGACAGCCGGCAGUUUGGCUUCUUAAAAUUAAACUCACCGGAGCAAUCGAAAAGGAAAGCUUUAGUCGUUCGUGCAAUAAAAUAUUUGGAAAGGAUGCUGGUCCAGGCCCAAGCCGAGAAGCAGAGGAGGAAAGCAGAUAGUACAAAAAUGAAUGUUGACGACUUAAAAGACGACGAGGAAGACAAAGGGAUCAGCAUCGAUCCUAAAACGUACUGUAAACUAGGACAUUUCCAUUUACUCUUAGAAGAUUAUAGUAAAGCUAUGUCUGCGUAUCAAAAGUUCUACUCGCUGAAGGGGGACUACUGGAAGGAUGCAUCCUUUUUGUAUGGUCAGGGCCUGGUCUACUACCACUUCAACGCCUUCCAAUGGGCCGUGAAAGCGUUCCAGCAGGUGCUAUGGGUGGAACCAGGAUUUCCACGAGCCUGCGAGGUUCAUUUACGGCUCGGCUUAAUGCUGAAGGUCCACGCUGACUUUGACGCCGCCUUGAAGCACCUGACACUCGCUCUGAUCGAUGCCACGACACCUGCCUCGUUCUCCAAGCUCGAAAUAAAAUUUCACAUAGCCCAUUUACACGAAGUCCAGGGGAAGUAUCGUCUGGCCAAGGAGCACUACGAGGCGUUGCUCAAGGAAAAGAAUCUGCCCUCGCAUCUGAAGGCCGACAUUUGCCGCCAAUUAGGAUGGAUGUAUCACGUGGUUGACUGCUCGGUGCUUGGUAUAACGAGACAGCAGAAACAAGUAAUCGCCAUCCACUGUCUGCAAAAGUCCAUCGAAGCGGAACCAAAGAGCGGGCAAAGCCUUUAUCUGCUCGGACGUUGCCUCGCCGCUUCUGGAAAAGUUCAUGAUGCGUUUAUUGCUUACAGAAAUUCGGUGGAAAAAUCCGAAGGGAAUGCUGACACGUGGUGCAGCAUAGGCGUCCUUUAUCAACAGCAGAAUCAGCCUAUGGACGCAUUACAGGCGUAUAUAUGCGCGGUACAGUUAGACAAAUCGCAUUCGGCAGCGUGGACUAAUCUGGGCAUUUUAUACGAAAGCGUUAGUCAGCCGAAAGACGCGCUAGCUUGUUACGUCAACGCAUCCAGGGGUAAUAAUAAUACACCGAACUGCACGGGAUCAUUGGCGGGCCUUGGUGGUGCCAAGUCCGGUGGUAACACCCCGAUGAACCCAUCGCUUCAACAGCGCAUUAACUUUCUACAGAGCCAUUUAAGCCAAGCACCAAUGCCUUCCGUCGCCACAAAGAGGCGGCAAUUGCCGUCUAUAGAAGAGGCUUGGAACUUACCCAUCAGCGCUGAGAUGUCCAGCAGGCAACAACAGCAGCAGCAGCCAUCGAGUGGUCCGGGUUACAAGUACGGUAGUACUCCCUCUGGUCCUCCGCCGCCUUACCCCCAAGGACAAACGCAGAAUCUGAACACGAAGCGAUUUAAACCGGGAGAGGAACCUAUAUCCCCGGGUACGCAACAACGACCGCCUCUGUUCUAUCUCACGCCUCAGCAGCUGCAAAUGCUACAGUUCCUCCAACAGAAUCACGGCAGUUUAGCGCCGCAACAGCAAGGUCUGCUUGCUCAGUUGCAACAACAAUACAGAUUGAUGCAGCAACACCAACAGCAAAUUAGAUUGCAACAACAGCAAGCUGCUCAGAGAGGGCUGAGGCCCGGGCAACCUGGUUACCCUACGGGCUACGGUCACGCGCAAUUGGGACAACCUGGUAUAAUCAAGAACUAUGGAAUACCUCAGCAGCCGCUACAGCAAGGUGGAACCGUUGCAUUGCAGACCGGAUUUUCGGACUCGAACGUCGGUUACAACACGGCGGCGACUGGGAAUAGCCAAACGCCACCGGGUAUGCCUUACAAGUCGGCCUCCGAUCCGAGCUAUCCUCAGAGGCAACUGUCGUCCGGCCAGUACAACCAGUACCAGCCGAAUCAGUACACUGCCCAGGGUUACACUCAGAUAUCGUCGACGACGAGCAAUUACCCGGAAGGUUCCGCGGGGAAUAAGGACCUGGGGGUCACGGAUCAAGAGUUACAAGCCCUGUUGUCGCAGAAGGAUAUUGCGACGUCGUUAGCAGAGGAUCUGUUGAAGCACUUCGGCUCGGAAGACUUGGACGUGAAAGAGGAGGCACCGAGUAUCAUGAAUAACGGUACUCUGAGCUCGGGUCCGUUCUCGCCGUCGAAUCUGGAAGAUAGCACCGAGAAGAUCAAGGAGGUGAAAUUGGAGAAGGCGGAAGACAGCCGACCGUCGUCCACGUCGUCGAAGCUCGAGACGUACGAGAAGAGUAACGCGAAGCCGUCGACGGUCGAGACGGUGAAGUGCGAGGCAACGUCGAGUACAAAUAAGAUCGAGCCGGUCGCCAGGGUCGAACCGGUGCUGAAACUAGAGAGCUUGUGCGAUUCGCAACCGGAGCAGGAACUUAGCAUAGAUAUGGACUCGAAGGCGAUCAUAGAAGCGUGCAGGGGCCGGGGUCUGAAGGGUGUACCGAACUGUUCGAUACUGAGCGAUCGUUCGCCGCCGCCCGCUCCCCCGGAUCCUCCGACCCAGAGACUGACCAAGGAACAACUCCUGCCACCGACCCCUAGCGUGUAUUUAGAAAAUAAGAAGGACGCGUUCAGUCCUCAGCUCCAAGAGUUUUGUCUGAAACACCCGAUAGCCGUUAUCCGUGGCCUGGCAGCCGCUUUGAAGUUGGACCUCGGUCUGUUCUCGACGAAAACGUUGGUAGAAGCGAAUCCGGAUCACGGUAUCGAGGUGAGGACGCAGAUGCAGCAAACUAGCGACGAAAACUGGGACCCCGUGAUGGGGAGGAAAGUCUGGGGCUGCAUCAGCCAUAGGAGUCACACGACUAUCGCGAAAUACGCGCAAUACCAGGCCUCCAGCUUUCAAGAGAGUUUGAAAGAGGAAAGGGAAAAGGCUCAGGGCAUACACCCUUCGAAUUUAUCCGACUCGGACUCGAAGGACAGCACGGGUGUCGUCAGGAGGAAGAAGAACGCCUUCGGAUUGGCAGGUCGACCUGGUACGAAGAUGUUACGAUUUGGGACCAAUGUAGAUUUAUCCGACGAGAGGAAAUGGAAACCUCAGCUUCAAGAACUAAUGAAGUUACCGGCGUUCGCAAGGGUCGUAUCUGCUGGGAAUAUGCUCAGUCACGUCGGCCACGUUAUCUUAGGCAUGAACACUGUUCAAUUGUACAUGAAGGUGCCCGGUAGUAGAACACCCGGUCACCAGGAAAACAACAAUUUUUGUUCUAUUAAUAUCAAUAUUGGACCCGGGGAUUGCGAGUGGUUCGCGGUGCCCGAUGCAUACUGGGGUGUAAUUUGUUCGCUGUGCGAGCGGAACAAUAUCAAUUAUCUUCACGGCAGUUGGUGGCCUUCAUUAGAGGAUCUGUACGAGGAGAACAUUCCUGUGUACAGGUUUCUGCAAAGGCCAGGUGAUCUCGUCUGGGUCAAUGCGGGCUGUGUGCACUGGGUUCAAGCCGUCGGAUGGUGUAACAAUAUCGCAUGGAACGUGGGUCCUUUGACCGCGCGUCAGUAUCAAUUGGCGAUCGAACGUUACGAAUGGAACAAACUGCAAUCGUUCAAAUCGAUAGUACCGAUGGUACACUUAUCGUGGAACUUGGCAAGGAAUAUAAAAGUGUCGGAUCCGAGACUGUUCGAACUGAUUAAAAACUGCCUGCUGAGGACAAUGAGACAGUGCUGCUUAAUAUUAGAGUUUGUAAAGAACAAGGGUGUCGAAGUUCGAUUUCACGGACGAGGGAAGAACGAGGCUUCGCAUUACUGCGGCCAGUGUGAGAUCGAGGUGUUCAAUAUCUUGUUCAUCAGGGAACAAGAGAAACGACACGUGGUGCACUGUAUGGACUGCGCGAGAAAGCAAUCUCCGUCAUUGGAAGGCUUCGUUUGCCUUGAAGAGUACAGAAUGCGCGAUCUGAUGGACGUUUACGACGGAUUUACUUUGCACAGCUCGUUAGCAACUCCCUCAUCGAUUCAGUCUAGCCAGUCCUCCUGAGAAUACAUGCAACACAGAUAUUUGGACUUCUUGGGCACCCUGCAGUGACUCCGACAGUCCAAUUUCUGUGUUCGACAUGGAACUCUUUCCUCUAACCAUUGUUCAAGUAUGUACCUGAGAGCUAUCGACGGAAGAAAAGAACCUGGUGAAAUUUUCGUACGUUCAACGAUCUUUGAGACAUCUCUGACAACGAUCAUUUUAAGGUACGCACAAUGUUUGUUGAAGCGGUUGAAAAUUUUAACUAUCUCUCGACGAUCGGUCAGCACCGUUUCAACGAUACCAAACGAAGGAAUUUCCUAUCGAACCGAUAUGAAAUCUGCAAGCGAUUGACUUAGCUCUCGGGUAUAGAAAAUUGAAGCUUAGUAAACGAAAGAAGACUGCGUUUUACAUAUAAAUCACAUCAUCUGGCAAUCGCCUUUGAUCGCAUCCGCGUUUCUUAUCGGGUCUUUCGCAUUACAGAAAAACGUGCAUUUAAUAUUGUGCGUUUAGCGGGCGACAAAUUCUUCUUUUUUUUUAUCGUAUUUUAUUUUAUUCGCGAUUGAAUCGGCAAAAGGAAAAUUCUAAUUUCCGUGUAAAUCAUAUGUUCACUGCCAAUUGUGAAUACGUACGUUGAAGGAUUACGCUUAGUCCAAAGCGAUGAGGGAUUUAGCUGUCGUUAAUUAUUGUUACGGAUUAAGAUACGAUUGUAAAGUAAUUGCAAAGCUGCUCAAAACAUACUUGUACAUUUUGUAUACAAAUGGAUUAACGGUUAUUGAUUUUUAUGAAAUUGGCUAAGUUUCGAGUGUUCUACUGCCAAUUACGGUUCAAUGUUCUCGCGUAGUAAUUUGCCGAGAAUAUUAUUAUCGGGCUUUUUUAUAAAUUCAUUCGCGGAAGCAAUGGAAGAGGCAUCCGCGACAGAUAUCUUGUUUCGGGUAAUUGAAUUAUUAUCGCGGCUCUAAAAUAUUUGUACAGUAAACAAUUCGUAGUAGUAAUUAGUAAAAGAAUAACGAUUUACUUGUCUGAAAUGGAAAGUGAGCUAUGAACAGCUUGUGGAACGGCGUUUCUCAAUUUCGAAUAUUGUGAUCUUUUUCUUGGUACGGACGGGGAACGCAUUUAUAUCUGAGGCUACGAGAUCGCAAUCGUGCGUUUAACUAUUCGUUAACAAUUCGUAGAAUGGCGAAGCAAAAGAUAUUUAUUAACCAUAGUUGAAUUUAUUUUUAAUCACGCGACACGAUGAUUUAUACAAUUUACUCGACAAAUAAGAUGUUAUUUAAAUGAAUCUGACGGCGGUAGAUGAAAAAUUGGGAAACGCUGACGAUACAAACAGAGGUUAGACAGUGGAUAACGUAAGAAAUGUACCUUCGAUUUAAACUCAGUCUCGUCAAUUCGCGUUGGCGUUUAUUAACAAUGCCGGUUGUUGUACGUGCCAGAAAAGAAUUUUACUUACUUACUUACCACAAAAGUGUAUAAAUUAGGACGAUUCUCGUUCCGCCGAAAGGAAGAAAAUGUAUUUUCACAAACGUGUGAGAGGGAGGGAGCGCAAGCGGGAGAAAAUGGGAAAAAGCAAACAGACAAAAAAAGAAAAAUAUGAGAGAAACGAUAGAUACGUACCGGUAAAUAGAGUCAUCGAAGAACGACGUAUUUUUGAAAAUCCUAGGAAAUGCUAGUCCCAUCGAUGUUAGUUUAACGAACGAACAACUGCAUUUCUUUUGUACGCGCGCGAACGAUUUGCGAAAAAAACGUUUCGCCAUUCGAUUGCAAUAUGUUACGUAUAAGCACGUAUAUGUACACAGUAUAUUAUAUAUAUAUACAUAUAUAUAUAUAUAUUUCUACAUCCUUAUAGAGCAAUGACCGUAUGUAACGCUAGUUUUCCGGUUUAGUCCGCGAAUUUCAUGAUCAUUUAGAACGCGAACGUAAAACGACGGGUUCGAGCAAACUCGUGUCCAAAAGUAUUUUAAUCCAUGCACUCUCAAAAUGAUCUCAACGCAUAUAAUAUUGGCUUAACCGACGAGUUUUCGCCAAUAUUUCGAACUGACUUGACGACUUCGACUAACGGUUAAUAAAUUAUGUAUAAAUAUAUUUAAUGUAAAGGAUUAGUAGAAUUAUGCGACGCGAACGAAUCGAAACGGGACGGCUCAACAGAUUCGAACUGAGAACGACUUCUCCGCUCACCUUAUAGUGUAAAAUUUGAGGAAUCUCGAUCGCAGCGCCGUGCAUCCAGGAACGGUGAAAUUCAGAUUGUGAAUUGCUUUCUCACUGUUCCUCGAUGACCUAAUGACUGGGUUAGUUAUCGCCGUAGAUAUUGACUAUUCUUACCACGAUUCUGACUCUCGACUCUCGUGCCACAGCAUGUUUUCUUCCGCGAAGGAUCGUAGAGCCGACAGAGGUUUAAUUUUAAAUUUCAACAAUCCGUGGCAGCCAUCAUGAAUUCCUGCGCAGACCCCUUACGCAUCGGUGGCCAUCAUGCAUUUCGUUCUACGCCCCGCCUGUUCCCCUACCUUCCCGUCGAAUGCGUUGCUAGGCAACGCCGGCUCGUUCGUAACGGUCAUUAUGCGCAGACACUACGCGCAGCCACUUCGUGUUCGCGCGUCGUACUGUUUGUUUGAAUUCUGUACAUCACGUCAUCGUCCUACCCUACGUACCAGCGAUCGACUUCAAACCUUAGUACGCACAUAGUUGUUCGAAUUAAUAUCAUCUUAAAACAUUGAUUUCGAGGUAAAUAUCGAGAAGUUUGCGAACAUUUUAUCUUAAUUUAAGUUGGAACCCAAGUUUUACUAUUUGUCAACGAACGACGCCGCGGUUGAAAUUCCUCACAUCUUACAAGACUGCGUGGACCGCUUUGUAAUCUGCUUUGCUGUGAAUCGUAAUUUGGUAAGAAUUGCUCGUUACAGGUAAUUUUAAUCUCUUUACAAAGUUCUGUAAUAUACUUUUUAUAACACGUGCAUAAAUCCACGUGCAUUCUCGGCGCCUAUAAAGUGGAGCGAAAAUACCGGUUUUAUUUCUCAGGCAGGAAAACUCUAAAAUGAGUACUUUCACUUAAUAUAUUUAUAUAUAUGUAUAUAUAUUAUAUACUUGAGUGGAAGACUCGAAAAAUUCUAUCUUCGCUCCACUUUGUAGACGACAAAAAAUGGUCAUGUUUCAUUUAAAAAUGAAGAAUACACUUGGAAAUCACAUUAAAAACGAUUCACAGCAAUAACGAUUCGAGUUUGUUUGUAGUUUAAGAUUUUUUAAAAAGUGCUUCGUACAGCGAGAGAUUACAUUUACAGAUAAACUUGGCAUUGGAACUGAUUUUCUUGAUAAUUAAAUUCAUGUCAGAUGUUGUAUGUAAAUGGAAUGUCCGCGAUGAAACCGGAAAUAAUCUUAUGAAGUACUUUCCGAUCGAUCAUUAGUAAAGGAAUUUGUGAAUCAUUGGUGAAAAGGUACGUGAAAAGAAUCGUUUCCUUGAGAAUUUCUUUCUGUCUCAGCACAUUUCAUAGAAGUAUGCUGCGACUGUGCAGGAUCACGUGAAGGUCUGAUAUGUAAAAUUUGAAAAAUCGACAGUAUUACCAUUAAAAAAAAUUUGUCGUAGCGUCUCGUCUGUCUGAUAGAUGAGAACGAAAGAUUAUAGGGUCAUUUAGAAAAUGGAAAUGAAGCUCAGUGAUUGAUGCGGAAACGUUAUACUCUUAGGAGAAUUAAAUACGAACUAUUGGAGCUGUAAAAAUGUUUAAUAUAAGCUUUCGGGUACCAUUCGUGUUUUAGUUACAAUUGAAUUGGUCUUUGGAGAGUUCAGAUUCGCUAGUCUAUUAUGUAAUUAUAUGUACGUUCGGAGUUGACACGGUCUCGUGUUUCCAAUUUGAUCAGUCGAUCCGUGUGUCAUGUGCUUUUAAUCGAUCGAUCAGUCGUCGAUUUAGCUAGAGAAAGGUGAAGCCAGGGAGAACUUGAACUAGAAUGAACUCGAGCAAUUAGAUGUAAUUAACUUAGGGUUUAAUGAAAAUGUAAUUAACUGUAAAUAUUUAAUCUCUUUUGUAAGCCAGAAAUACGAGCAGCAGAUUUGUACGAUGAGCAUACCAUCCUCGUAACGAUCACACUCGGUCGUUUGCCCCGCGCGUACGCAGAUCUUGUAAAAUUCUUGUAUUUUGAUACUGAGAAAUGCGACGUUUACGGUUUCUAGAAAGUUAUGCAAUAUAGUAUUGCGCACAAACGCUAGAGAAUUACCAUAGAGAAAUGACCCCGAACACGCUGAUCCACAUAGAACUUUCUUGGCGCGCGUAACGAAAUUGCUGCGCGUAUCGAAAUAAAUCAGAGAUCCACAAAAGUGAAUGAGAAGAAAAGAACACGCGUAAAAUAUUUUCGCUAAACUCACGUAGGAAGAAUUUAAGUUCUAUGUAAUUAUCGACCGAUGUAAACAGACGUGAAGAAAAGUAUUUAUUUUUCCUGAGCAACUGACCGUAGCGAAGAGAGAAGAGAGAAAAUAAUAUUUUCGCACUCGUCUGUAAAGCGAUGGAAAAUCUGUAGCAAUAUAGAAAAGAAUUUUCGAAGCAAAGAGGAUGACGACGAUUUCAAGUAGCUUGCAAAACUUGUAAAACUGUAUUUAAAAAUGAAAGAAAGAAAUAUGUGAGAACGUUCA